UAAGGUUAAAAGUACAGUGGGAUGUUCUAAGUGACAACUUUUAAAUGGUUAAUAAAGCCUUCAGAGGCAGGUACAUCAGUGACAGCGACAUCUCGAGGCAGCGGGAGCUAACUAUCCAGGUUAUCGAGCCGGUGGCUAACUGGUAACUGUUAGCUAACGUUAGCCAGCCUGCCCAGUUUGCAGACACGUCUACACACAGACCGCUGCUGCUGCCGGGGAGAAUACUAGACACAUGUUGGACUGCUGCUGGAAGAAAUGCCAGACACGAAUAAGGAUUUUACUGGCGUUCACACAUUCACAAACUGAGACUGUUUGUGUGUGGACGAGGGCUUUAUAAAGCAACGGCAGAUAGCGGAGCUGGGGCAUCUGGCCGUCUGGAAGGCAGCGACGGCCGGCUGGCUGCAUUGUGUUGCUUUGAUGACCCCCGCUGUGUAGCUGCCUGCUCAUCAACCUCCCUUCUCUCUCUCUCCCUCUCUCUCUCCCCUUCACCCUCCCCUUUCUCUUUCCUCUCUCUUUCCUCCUUCUCCUCCUCCUCCUCCUCCUCCUCCUCCUCCUCCUCUCCAUCACAGCUCCCGGCCCAGCCAUGUUCGGCACAGAGUCCUCAUUAAGCAUGUUUCUCAACACCCUGACGCCCAAGUUUUACGUGGCUCUGACAGGCACUUCCUCCCUCAUAUCAGGACUCAUAUUGAUAUUUGAGUGGUGGUAUUUCAGGAAAUAUGGGACCUCCUUCAUAGAGCAGGUGUCUGUGAGUCACCUGCGCCCCCUGCUGGGCGGAGUGGACAGCAGCUCCCCAAGCAACUCCAACACCAGUAAUGGAGAGGCCGACUCUAAUCGGCAAAGUGUGUCCGAAUGUAAAGUAUGGAGAAAUCCGCUGAAUUUAUUUCGUGGAGCUGAAUAUAAUCGGUAUACAUGGGUGACAGGCCGAGAACCGCUGACAUAUUACGACAUGAACCUGUCAGCACAAGACCAUCAGACCUUCUUUACCUGUGAUUCAGACCACCUCCGACCUGCUGACGCGAUUAUGCAGAAAGCAUGGAGAGAGAGGAACCCACAGGCUCGCAUCUCUGCAGCACAUGAAGCCCUGGAGCUCGAAGACUGUGCAACAGCAUAUAUCCUGCUGGCAGAGGAAGAAGCCACAACCAUCAUGGAGGCUGAACGUUUGUUUAAACAGGCACUAAAAGCUGGAGAAGGCUGCUACCGCCGCAGCCAACAGCUCCAACAUCAUGGUACACAAUAUGAAGCUCAGCACAGAAGAGACACUAAUGUAUUAGUGUACAUAAAGAGAAGACUGGCCAUGUGCUCCAGAAAGCUUGGCCGAACACGAGAAGCAGUAAAAAUGAUGAGAGAUUUGUGUGUUUUCCAGUUAAUGAAGGAGUUCCCUCUCCUCAGUAUGUUCAACAUCCACGAGAACCUGCUGGAGUCAUUACUAGAACUCCAGAACUACGCCGAUGUCCAGGCGGUUCUGGCAAAGUAUGACGAUAUUAGCUUACCUAAAUCUGCAACAAUAUGCUACACAGCAGCGUUGCUCAAAGCCAGGGCGGUAUCGGACAAAUUCUCUCCAGAGGCAGCGUCGAGGCGAGGGCUGAGCACAGCAGAGAUGAACGCAGUAGAAGCCAUCCACAGAGCAGUGGAGUUCAACCCUCACGUCCCCAAAUAUCUGUUGGAGAUGAAGAGUCUGAUUCUUCCUCCAGAACACAUCCUGAAAAGAGGAGACAGCGAGGCCAUCGCCUACGCCUUUUUCCACCUGCAGCACUGGAAAAGGGUAGAGGGGGCGCUUAAUCUGCUGCACUGCACCUGGGAGGGCACAUUCAGAAUGAUCCCUUAUCCUCUGGAGAAGGGUCACCUGUUUUAUCCCUACCCCAUCUGCACAGAGACGGCCGACAGAGAGCUGUUACCCACAGUGUUUCACGAGGUGUCAGUGUAUCCGAAGAAGGAGCUGCCCUUCUUCAUCCUCUUCACAGCCGGUCUUUGCUCCUUCACCGCCAUGCUGGCUCUGCUCACACACCAGUUCCCUGAACUCAUGGGAGUGUUUGCUAAAGCUUUCCUCAGCACGCUGUUCGCUCCUCUGAAUUUCAUCAUGGAGAAGGUGGAGAGCAUCCUGCCGUCCAGCCUCUGGCACCAACUCACCCGCAUCUGACACGAGACAGCAGUCUGGACGCAGAAACAGACCCAGACCCAGACCCAGACCCAGGACCAGGAGCUCACAACCUCCACUCUGACAGAACCAGCUGAACUGAAACCAGGAACGCUGCUUUGGACUGGACUGACACACCUUUGUGCCAAGAGUUCAAACCAAACUGAAAAACAGUCAAGGACAACGGCAGAAGGCAAGGGACAAAAACAGGCAAAUUGAUGGAGUCCACAAUUGAUUUUGACUUUAUUUGAUAUGUUUGCAUUUUUUGGGUUUUUGAUCAUUUAAAGCUGUUCUUUUGUUGUACAAAAAGAGGUGAUCAAUUGCCAACAUUAAAAGUGAGAAAACAAAAAAAAAAAAAUACAAUAAAGGACUUUUUGUGUAUUGCUGCAA